ACUUGCGAGCAUGUUAAUGAAGGAGCUCAGCUGUUGUGCUUGCACAUGUUUCCUUGUGUCACAGCUGCACGAUUGGGCGCUAGGAGCUGCUGCAUUCCCAGCCAGCCUUAUCGAUCAGCUUUGUAAGAGCGGCAAUCGUUCCCGAUCGUGAUCCAGUGCCGAGCUACUGCGUGCGUCUCGCUUUUGUGCCCGGGAACGAAGGAAGAGCGCCACUUGCGGCAGAGAUGGCAGGGCAGGCUGCUGUGAGGAUGGGCUCUCGCUUCCAGGCUCUGGCACCAUGAGGAUCUGAUGUGCAUGCUGAGUCCCCGGAGGGCCGGUGGGAAGCAGGGAGGCUGAGCAAGAAGCAGAAGCAGGGAGGCUGAGCAAGAAGCAGGGAGGCUGAGCAAGGGGAGCCAAUGACAUACACAUGCCAUUCUGUUCCAUCACUCUGUGCAUAGGAUGCGCUGCCCGGCAGCCUCUCCUUUCUGUGCGAGCAUUUCCAUAGUAACCUGCUGAAGGCGCUGCGCUGGACAAACCUGGGCAUUCCGAGCACCUGGCAUGGCAGCAGGCAGGUAACUCACAGCAUCCCCCUUGUUUGUUGGGUGCAAAGCGCAGGGCUGUGGUACAGCGAUAUCGCACGUUGCAGCAGAAACAGAACAGUAAUGUGUAAAGAAGAUACAUUGCCCAUUUGCAACCUGAAUGUAUGAACUAACAGAAGGUUUUGAGUGGGGCACCAUUGGGAGCUGGGACAGAAAGCCACAAGGCCCUUGGCUAAACAAACAAAUCUCCCCUCCCUACAGCAGUCAAAUGAAUUUACAUUCACUAUGCACAGCUGAAUAUAUUUAACGUGAACUGAAAAUGAAGAGAGAAAAACAUAAAAGCAAUUUGCUAUAAGUUCCUGAGCAAACUAAGGUCUCCUUGGAAUUCCAUAACCUUUGCUGAGACAUAUUCCUAUUAACAAGAUCCCAAGCCUCUGCUCUAAACUGGGCUACAAACAAACUGGCUGUGAAUAUGAACCACAACUAACUAUACAGGUUUAUAGACAAGAUGUAAAUCUUCUACAGGAUGGAAAGGAGUGAAGAAUGCGAGAGAUAGCAACUGGGGUUUGAGCACUAGAUGGAUAUGUGCUUCACGCAGUGACUGGUUUUUAAUGCGAUAUGCUCAUACUGAAGGCUCAGAGACAGAAUUGCAAGGUUUAUUGCCUCUGUCCUCGGUUUUUAAUCAUUCCCUGAACUCUGUUAAGUUCAGAAAACUAUUGUGAUGGAAAAAAAGGCACCUGUCUGUAUUUGCAACUCCUGAAUUGUGGAUUAGUUUGCUGAGGAAUUUCCACUCCAAAGGGCAAGUUAGAUGUGAUGGAUUUAUCUUCAGAAAUGAGCAAGCAUGGGAAGAAUCCAAUAGGUCAUAAGCUGGAAGAUCAAAAAAAGAUUUAUACUGACUGGGCAAAUCACUACCUAACAAAGUCUGGUCACAAGAGACUGAUAAAGGAUUUGCAACAAGACAUCGCUGAUGGUGUAUUGCUGGCUGAAAUUAUCCAAAUCAUUGCAAAUGAAAAAAUUGAAGAUAUCAAUGGCUGUCCAAAGAGCCAAUCACAGAUGAUUGAGAAUGUUGAUGUCUGUCUUAACUUUCUAGCGGUGAGAGGGGUUAAUGUCCAGGGUCUUUCCGCAGAAGAAAUAAGGAAUGGAAAUUUGAAAGCCAUUUUAGGACUGUUUUUCAGUCUGUCACGAUUCAAACAGCAACAACAUCAGCAGCAACAGUAUUAUCAGUCACUAGUAGAACUUCAGCAGCACGUGACUCAUUCCUCUUCCUCCUCUGAAACCAGCCAACCCAAAACACUAGAUAUGCAGUCCAGUCUGACAGCCAGAUAUGCAACUCAGUCUAAUCACAGUGGAAUUGCAACCAAUCAAAAAAAGACAACUAGACUUCCAGGUCCUUCCCGGGUGCCAGCUGCAGGCAGCAGUACCAAGGGUCAGGGAACAGCUAAUUUAAAUCGAAGAAGUCAGAGCUUUAAUAGCAUUGACAAAAAUAAACCACCUCAUUAUGCAAAUGGCAACGAAAAAGAAUCACCAAAAGGCCCUCAGCAGUCUGCAGGCAUGAAUGGAAAUGUGCAAUAUUCCACUAGCUCUGGUCAGCAAGUGGCCUCUGCCAUACCCUCCCCAAGUGCCAGUAAGCCUUGGCGCAGCAAAUCCAUGAAUGUCAAACAUAGUGCCACUUCUACCAUGCUCUCUGUAAAGCAGCCAAGCCCUGCAACCUCCCCAACACCAUCUUCAGAUAGACUAAAACCUCCAUUGUCCGAGGGAAGUAAAACUUCAUCUUCUGCGCAAAAGUCCAUGCUUGAAAAAUUUAAACUUAAUUCCAGGGGCUCCUUAAGAUCCCAGUCUUCAUCUAAUGAAGUUAUUCGAGAGGACGACACCUUAUCAGAAUGUGGAGAAAAUGAUAGUGGUUCCAGCUUUAACAGCCCCAAAGUGUCACCCAAAUUAGCACCUCCAAAAGCUGGAAGCAAAAAUAUUAGCAAUAAAAAGUGUUUGCCUCAGCCAAAAGAUAAAGAUGAUAAAAAUCGAGACAAAAAUAAGUCAGAAAAAGCUGCUAAAGAAGAAAAGGAACAGACAUCGGAAGGAUCAAAAAAGAGUUCAAAGAUUGCAAGUUUGAUCCCCAAAGGAAACAAAACAGCCGCUGUUAAGAAAGAUAGUAUGAUUCCCCUAUCGAGUGGGAUACCUAAGCCGGGGUCAAAAGUGCCUGCAGCAAAGCAGACCACAUCUCCUGGUUCUGCAGCUGCCAAAGAGCCAGAAAAAAACAGGACUACAAAAGGCAGUCAAACUCAGUUAACACAAAAAACAUCUGCCAGUGAAAAGGCAACUACUCCCUUGGAAGGGAAGACACCUUCUUCUUCUGCAGGCCCAGGAAAUGGGACUGUGCAACUCCCUCAACAGCAGUACACGCAUCCUAAUACUGCUACUGUGGCACCUUUCAUUUACAGAACACACACUGAAAAUGACAGCACUUUAGUACCACCUGCUGACUCCUGCACAAGUCCAACAAAGGGGGAAUCAUCCUACAGUAAGACUGCCAAACAGUGCCUAGAGGAGCUAUCUGGAGAAGAUCCAGAGACACGAAGGAUGAGAACUGUGAAAAAUAUUGCAGAUCUAAGGCAAAACCUUGAAGAAACUAUGUCUAGCUUACGAGGAACACAAAUUACUCACAGUACAUUGGAGACAACAUUUGAUAGCACUGUGACUACUGAAGUUAGUGGAAGAAAUUUGCCAAGUUUAACAAGUCGUUCCUCUGCAAUGACAUGGAGACUUGGUCAAGCAAGUCCUAGGCUUCAGGCUGGAGAUGCUCCUUCUUUGGUUGGUGCUUACCCUCGAAACAACCCAAGUCGCUUUAUCCAUACAGACCCCUCGCGGUUUAUGUACACUACUCCUCUUCGACGUGCUGGCAUUUCCCGCCUUGGUAAUAUUUCACAAGUCGAGAUCAGUGAAAAAGGAAGUCAUGACCUUGACAUAGCUUCAGAGGUGGAUGUAGGAGGUUAUAUGAGUGAUGGUGAUAUUCUUGGGAAGAGUCUGAGAUCUGAUGAUAUUAAUAGUGGUUAUUUGACCGAUGGAGGCCUCAGUCUGUAUACCAGAAGUCUUAAUCGAAUACCUGAUCUUGCUGCCUCUCGUGAUGUUAUCCACAGGGGAGUACAUGAUGUCACUGUUGACGCAGACAGCUGGGAUGACAGUAGUUCUGCUAGCAGUGGCCUUAGCGACACUCUUGAUAACCUCAGUACCGAUGACCUGAAUACAUCAUCUAUCAGUUCGUAUACCAAUGUUGCCCCUACAAGAAAAAAUAAUCAAACACAGUCAAAGACAGAUGCAGAAAAACGUUCGUUAACAGAUUGUGAACCUUGGUGCAAUGAUGAUAUAAAGAAACAAGAUGAAGACUUUGAUAUCCCCCUGGACACAAGUGGCAAAUGGAAAGAAGAAUCAGAUAAAGCAGGGCAGAAAUCUUUAUCCGUUUCUCAGACUGGAUCUUGGAGGCGAGGCAUGACUGCUCAAAUUGGAACAACUUCACCACGGCAAAAAUCAGGAAGCAGUUCUCUUAAAACACCAGGGAAAACAGAUGAUGUUAAGGCCUCUGAAAAGGUAAAAUCACCAUUAAAAGGUAACACUCUUCAGCGCUCUCCCUCAGAUGCAGGAAAAAGCAGUGGAGAUGAGGGGAAGAAACCACCCUCUGGAAUUGCUAGACCGACUGCCACCGGUUCCUUUGGUUUUAAAAAGGCUGGGAUGGCAUCACCAAGUAUGGUAACAGGAAGUGGUGCAACAAUUAACAGCGGCUCAGCAACUCUGGGAAAAAUCCCUAAAUCCUCAUGCAUUGGCGGAAAGGGAGCAGGAAGAAAAACUAGUCUUGAUGGUUCACAAAAUCAAGAUGAUACUGUGUUACUUGGUAAUUCAAAAGCUGCCCUACAAUAUCGUAGUUUACCACGUCCUUCCAAGUCAAGUACAAGUGGUAUUCCAGGAAGAGGAGGUCAUAGGUCAAGCACUAGCAGCAUUGACUCUAAUGUUAGUAGCAAGUCAGCCGGUGCUUCUUCAACUAAACUAAGAGAGCCUUCGAAAAUUGGAUCAGGUGGUUCAAGUCCUGUCAUCAUAAAUCAAACUGAUAAGGAAAAGGAAAAAGUGUCAGAUUCAGAGAGUGUAUCCUUGUCAAGUUCUCCAAAAUCUAGUCCGACAUCAGUGAAUGCCUGUGGCACACAAGGACUUCGUCAGCCAGGAUCAAAAUAUCCUGAUAUUGCCUCACCCACUUUCCGACGGUUGUUUGGUUCAAAAGCUGGAAAUAAACCAUCCACUACUGGCAGUACUGAUGGUGGGAAAACCACUUCUGUGAUGCCCAGCCCUAGCAGCACAUCUUUGGCCAGACAAGGUAGUUUGGAUUCACCUUCAUCUGGUACCGGCAGUAUGGGAAGUGCUGGAGGGCAAAGUGGUAGCAGCAGUCCCCUAUUCAGUAAGGCUAAUGAGCUAAUUCCUGAUGUCAUAAGUUAUGGCCAGUCAUUGGCCACAAGCCCUGCAUCUGUUCACUCAUUUACAUCUGGAGGCCAGGUAUGGACUGCAAAUCUGAGCAGUUCUUCUGCUGGGAGCAAGGACACACCUAGUUACCAGUCAAUGACAAGCCUUCAUACAAGCUCAGAGUCUAUUGACUUACCACUUAGUCAUCAUGGGUCCUUGUCUGGACUGAGCACACAAGAAGCUCAAAGCCUGCUAAUGAGAACGGGUAGCGUGAGAUCUACACUCUCAGAAAGGGGUUUUCUUUACUUUAACAGUAUGCAACUUGACCGAAAUACACUUCCCAAAAAAGGACUCAGAUACACGCCAUCAUCCCGCCAAACCAGUCAAGAGGAAGGUAAGGAGUGGCUACGCUCACAUUCCACAGGAGGCCUUCAGGACACUGGUAGCCAAUCCCCACUUGUCUCUCCCUCUGGCAUGCCAUCCUCUGCCACUGGAAAAUAUCAUUAUACCAAUCUGGUAAGUCCAACCAAUCUGUCCCAGUUUAGUAUUCCUGGACCAAGCAUGAUGAGGUCUAAUAGCAUUCCAGCGCAGGAUUCUUCCUUUGAGUUGUAUGAAGACUCACAGUUAUGUGGAAGCGCUAUAUCUUUAGAAGAAAGACCAAGGGCAAUCAGCCAUUCUGGAUCCUUUCGAGAUAGCAUGGAAGAAGUACAUGGAUCUUCCUUAUCCCUGGUUUCCAGCACAUCAUCUCUCUACUCUACUGCUGAAGAAAAGGCUCAUUCAGAGCAAAUCCAGAAACUGAGGAGGGAGUUGGUUGCCUCACAAGAAAAAGUGGCCACAUUAACAUCACAGCUUUCAGCAAAUUCCCAUUUGGUGGCAGCUUUUGAAAAGAGCUUAGGAAAUAUGACUGGAAGGCUGCAAAGCUUAACAAUGACAGCUGAACAAAAGGAAUCCGAGCUUACUGAAUUAAAAGAAACCAUAGAGAUGCUAAAGACCCAGAAUGCAGCUGCACAAGCUGCUAUCCAAGGAGCGCUCAAUGGUUCUGAUCAUAGUCACAAAGAUAUGCGGAUUAGAAGACAGCACUCAUCAGAGAGUGUAUCCAGUAUUAAUAGUGCUACCAGUCAUUCUAGCAUUGGCAGUGUCAAUGAUGCUGAAUCCAAGAAAAAGAAAAAGAAAAACUGGUUGCGUAGUUCCUUCAAACAAGCAUUUGGCAAAAAAAAGUCCAACAAACCUCCGUCUUCACAUUCUGAUAUUGAAGAACUCACAGAUUCAUCUGUGCCCUCCUCACCAAAAUUACAGCACAAUGGAGAUGAUGCAGGUUCAUUAUCAUUGAAACUAUCUCAAUCUAGCACAGACAUUUGUGAAUGCACAGAAGCUGAAGCUGAAAUAAUAUUGCAGCUGAAAGGUGAACUCAGAGAAAAGGAGCUGAAACUAACAGACAUACGUCUUGAGGCUCUCAGCUCAGCACAUCAUCUUGACCAAAUCAGAGAAGCAAUGAACCGCAUGCAGAAUGAAAUUGAAAUCUUGAAAGCUGAGAAUGAUAGAUUAAAAGCAGAAACAAGCAGUCCAGGAAAAACAGUUAGACCUUCUUCGGAAUCCUCGAGUUGCACUUCUUCUUCCUCACGUCAGUCCUUAGGACUAUCUUUAAAUAAUCUGAACGUUUCAGAUCAUUCCACAGCAGAUAACAUAUUGGAUGAUAUGAGAGAUGGAGCCUUCCAAAAAGAAGGACGCAGUGUUAAAAUUGUUGUCUCAAUAAAUAAAGGCUUUGGACGCAGGAAGGAUGCAAAGAGCCGUUUCUAUUUAAUAGGAUCCAUUGGAGUAAGUGGAAAAACCAAGUGGGAUGUUCUAGAUGCGGUUAUUAGACGUCUGUAUAAGGAAUACAUAUACAGGGUGGAUCCUGCUGCUAAUUUGGGCUUAACCUCUGAUUCCAUCUCCAGUUACUGCAUAGGGGAUAUAGUUAGAGCAAACAAUUCUGAAGUGCCUGAAAUGCUACCUUGUGGAUAUUUGGUAGGAGCCAAUAACGCAAUCACUGUGAACCUUAAAGGAUUAGAGGAAAACAGUUUGGACAGUUUUGUGUUUGAUACCCUCAUCCCUAAACCAAUUACUCAGCGCUACAUUAAUUUAUUGAUGGAACAUCACAGGAUUAUAUUAUCUGGGCCCAGCGGCACAGGGAAGACAUAUCUAGCAAACAAACUUGCUGAGUAUGUUAUAAAUAAAAGUGGCAGAAAGAAAAUUGAGGAAGCAGUUGCAACCUUUAAUGUGGAUCACAAAUCAAGCAAAGAGCUGCGGCAAUACUUAGCAAAUCUUGCAGAUCAGUGCAGUGCUGAUAAUGAUAUAGACAUCCCUUUGGUAAUAAUUCUUGAUAAUCUUCACCAUAUUGGAUCUCUGAGUGAUAUCUUCAAUGGAUUCCUAAAUUGCAAAUACAGUAAAUGCCCAUAUAUAAUUGGCACAAUGAAUCAAAGUAUUUCAUCCUCACCAAAUUUAGAGCUGCACCACAAUUUCAGGUGGGUACUCUGUUCAAAUCAUACUGAUCCAGUUAAAGGCUUUCUUGGAAGGUGCUUGCGACGGAAAUUAAUUGAAACAGAGAUAGAGCAAAAUAUGAGGAAUAAUGACCUUAUAAAAAUCAUUGAGUGGAUUCCAAAAGCUUGGCACCAUAUCAAUGGCUUCUUGGAAACACACAGUUCCUCAGAUGUAACCAUUGGUCCCCGACUUUUUCUUUCCUGCCCAAUGGAUGUGGAUGGAUCCAAAAUAUGGUAUACGGACCUUUGGAACUAUUCAGUUAUUCCUUAUUUGCUGGAGGCAGUGAGAGAGGGACUUCAGAUGUAUGGGAAAAGAGCCCCUUGGGAAGAUCCAUCAAAGUGGGUAUUGGAGACAUUUCCUUGGAGUACUUCUUCAUCACAGCAGGAAAGCCCAGCCUUAUUACAGCUGAGACCAGAGGAUGUAGGCUAUGAUGGAUAUGCCACUGCCAAAGAGGGAACAACCUCAAAAAAUGUGUCACAGAGUGAAAAAGAGGGUGAUCCAUUGAUGAAUAUGUUAAUGCGACUCCAAGAAGCAGCCAAUUUCUCUAGCGCACAAAGCUGUGACAGUGAUAGCACAAGCCACCAUGAUGAAAUUUUGGACCCGUCACUUGAAUCAACGCUUUAAAAAAGAAAACCAAGGAGUUGGAAUCGUUACUGAAAAGGAACCGUGUUUAUUUCCACUCGAUCACUGCCAUUCGUAAAGCAGCACACUAAAGGCACAGUAACAGGAAUAUAUGCUGGCUGGCAGCGGACAGUUGAAAUAAAAACUGAAGUGGAUUGCUCGAACAAAUUUCAUUUUCAUGUCAGUGAAGUAGAAUGAGACUCGCUUGAUUGACUAGAGAGGGCCCUAGAUAGAGGGCAAACAAGCAGAUUGCACAAUUGUUAGCCAAACUGGAAUUAUUUUGUUUUCCAAAAGGUUUACAGCACAGGUUCUGUGUAUAAUGCGUUUUCUUGUUCGAUGAUAUACUGUAUCCAUUGUGCAGUGCUUUUUCUUAGUAUUUUUUAAAAAUCCACUUCAAACCUCUGAUGUAAUACAUGGUGCCGGUCACAUGACUACAUUGGUGAGAUUGUUGUGUACUGCCUCCAAGGUCAAUCAGAAGAAGGUCCUCAGACAAGCACAAGAGUGUAAUGUGCAACCAGAAAAUCUACUGUGAUAUACUGGAUAAGUGCCAAUUGUAAUUCUGAACUGCCAUGCUCACGGUUAUGAACAAUGCAGUGCAUCUAAUUCAUAUUGUUUAGGUUGAUGGUGUUCUUUGUCAUCAUGUUUUUUUAAUGGCCACCUGUCUGCCCAGCUUCACCUGUCUCCUAUAAAUAAUGAAUGAACACUGAUUAAGGUUGUGCUCAGUUUCAUCUCAGUAAGCCUUACCAGUGAACAAAGAGAAACAUUUCCUAUGGUGCUGUCUCACUGCCUUAAUACAAUACUUUUACAGUCAGGCAUUGCCCAAGAACCAUUGGUUUAUUUUCUGCUGCUUAUGUUUUAGUAUUAGUAAAUUGCCCAUUGAGCACAGUGUUCUCUCUCAAAGAAACAUUUUAGGAUGUUUAAAACAAGAGUUUAUUGACUUCAUAGUCUUACUUCCUUAGCUUCACUUUCUUAAUCUCUGCAAUACAGGUAACCAACAGCACACGUCUACCGUCACUUCAGCCCAGAAACAGGUGGAUUUCAGUAAGACAUAUUUUGUUUUUAAUGAAACCUUGCCGAAUAGAUAUGAUAUUUUGAAUGAAUUUCCAGCAGAGCUGGAUGCACUUGAUGAAGCAUGAGCACAAAGCUUUUAGGUUUCAUUUCUUUCAAACCCCACCCUCAAUAUCAUUCUAGGCAUGUUUCAAUUUCUCCUAUUGUACAUGGGGUACGUGGUGUCAGUAGUACACCAGAAACAAUAUAGAGUUUUUAUUUUACAAAAAGGGUUGGUUUUGCACAGUCUGUGGGGAGGGGGGGUUGUUGUAUAUAAAUAGCAAUGUUGAGAAGAAAUUGCCUUGCACCCGUUAAAACAAACCAAGCAAAACAUAUUUGUAUUCUCUCCCAUGGUGUAUAUUUCAUUUACAGUUGUUCUUUGUGUGUUGUAAAAGAGACCGAAUGCAAACCUUCGAGUUGUUUAUUCGUUUAUCCCCCUCUCCCGGCGUGUUUGUCUUGUACUUACAUUUGUUAUGACUAUGCAGGAGCUACAGUGAGCAUGUUACAUAACCUAUAUGUGGAGCCAAUACAUUCUAUGGAAAUUUCAGAACUCACAGAUUGCAUGAGACCAGAUGAUAAGUGAUACAGAAAUGUAUUUGAACUGGUAAAAACAGCAAUUCAUUCAAGGGCUAUGGCAUUGUGUAGAAAAACAAACAGACGCUACCUUUCCAACGAUAAACUGGUGCUACUUUCUUCUUGUGGCCACCAUUUGGUCAUCUACUGUAAUGCUAACCUGAUAACAACUCUAUUCAAUGAGACUGCAAUUUCUAGGAGAAGAAUUUCCUACACGGUGCUAUUGCCCAGAUGUACACUCUUAAUUGUAUGCAUGUGCAAUGAAGUCAAUCACCAUUUUAUUAAAACCGUUAGAGACCACCUUUGUUUUUCAAAAGGGAGGCAUACAUAUAAUUUCUGGCUCCGAUUUCCAGGUUUCCAUUUAUUAUACAGUAGGUAUGUGGUCUAGACAAGUCUGCACAUGUUUUCCUAGAACAGGGAUGGAAAUCCAGCUGUUAUGGCGCUAGAUUACCCAGUAGCAUUCAGAGGCUGUUGAUGACUGCUGGGAACUGUAGUCCAUCAAUAGCAGGAGUUCCACUGUCUUUGCACAUCAGAUAAACACCCACCAGAAUUUACCAUGCACAAGACUUCCUGCAAUACAUCUCAGUGAGUACAUGUAGUUUACAACAAAGAAAACGUUUGUGAAACAUUUGUCUGUAUACAUUUUAUAUUUUGUACAUUUUCGAUGUAACAUAUCAUGUAAAUAUACAGAAGCAGUGAAAAUUCAUCUGAAAAGUUUUGUAGUCUUUGUAAAGCCCUUCUAAUACGUUUUGGUGGAAUCAGAAUUAACUGGAUGAUGUAUUUUCUAUGAGUUGAUUGUUACUCUAGCCUGUAAACCAGCUUGCAUCUAUUUUUUUGCAGAUGUGCGCAGUGUAACUGUCUAAAUUAUUACUUUGCCAUUAAAGUGGAAUUAUUUAUUGAA